ACUUGUCAUCUGUGCCCAGCGGGGCCGGACGGCGGUGGGCGGGGCUCACGCGAGGCGCUGGAAGGGUCCGCGUGAUUCUCGCUACGUUGCUUUAGCUCUGGAGUGUUUGGCGAUGGGGCAGCGGGAGGUGUGGAGGCUCAUGUCGAGGUUUAAUGCAUUCAAAAGGACUAAUACCAUACUGCACCAUUUGUGCUGGAAUCAGCCAUUUCUCUAAGGAGCUCUGGUUGCCUUUAUUGGAGAAUUGCAUUUAGAAAUCAAGAUCUAGACUCUGGGAGUGCUCUUUGCUACUGGGUGUCAUGCCUUUCUCUCAGAGAAUAGAGCUAGGGUAAGAGAAUGUCCAAGCACACAGAUGCAGCAGCAGAUGUGCUAUUGGAAAAAAAAGGUUGUGCGGGAGUCAUAACACUAAACAGACCAAAGUUCCUCAAUGCACUGACUCUUAAUAUGAUUCGGCAGAUUUAUUCACAGCUAAAGAAGUGGGAACAAGAUCCUGAAACUUUCCUGAUCAUUAUAAAGGGAGCUGGAGGAAAGGCUUUCUGUGCUGGGGGUGAUAUCAGAGUGAUCUCGGAAGCUGAAAAGGCAAAACAGAAUAUAGCUCCAGUUUUCUUCAGAGAAGAAUAUAUGCUGAACAAUGCUGUUGGUUCUUGCCAGAAACCUUAUGUUGCACUUAUUCAUGGAAUUACAAUGGGUGGGGGAGUUGGUCUCUCAGUCCAUGGGCAAUUUCGAGUGGCUACAGAAAAGUGUCUUUUUGCUAUGCCAGAAACAGCAAUAGGACUGUUCCCUGAUGUGGGUGGAGGUUAUUUCUUGCCACGACUUCAAGGAAAACUUGGUUACUUCCUUGCAUUAACAGGAUUCAGACUAAAAGGAAGAGAUGUGUACAGAGCAGGAAUUGCUACACACUUUGUAGAUUCUGAAAAGUUGGCCAUGUUAGAGGAAGAUUUGUUAGCCUUGAAAUCUCCUUCAAAAGAAAAUAUUGCAUCUGUCUUAGAAAAUUACCAUACAGAGUCUAAGAUUGAUCGAGACAAGUCUUUUAUGCUUGAGGAACACAUGGACAAAAUAAACAGUUGUUUUUCAGCCAAUACCAUGGAAGAAAUUAUUGAAAACUUAAAGCAAGAUGGUUCAUCUUUUGCCCUAGAGCAAUUGAAGGUAAUUAAUAAAAUGUCUCCAACAUCUUUGAAGAUCACACUAAGGCAACUCAUGGAGGGGUCUUCAAAGACCUUGCAAGAAGUACUAACUAUGGAGUAUCGGCUAAGUCAAGCUUGUAUGAGAGGUCAUGACUUUCAUGAAGGCGUUAGAGCUGUUUUAAUUGAUAAAGACCAGAGUCCAAAAUGGAAACCAGCUGAUCUAAAAGAAGUUACUGAUGAAGAUUUGAAUAAUCACUUUAAGUCUUUGGGAAGCAAUGAUUUGAAAUUUUGAGGUGACAGGCUUUUAAGGUAUAUUUCGUAGCAUGGGUUGGCAAUCUACAGCAUGUGGCCCAAAUCCAGCCUGCUGCCUGUUUUUAUAUACCCUGCAAGCUAAGAAUGGUUUCUGCGUUUUUAAAUGGUUGGGAAAAGAAAUCAAAGACUCAUAUUUCAUAACAUGAAAAGUAUAUGAAAUGUCAGAGUUCACAAAUAAAGCUUUAUUGGAACUAGCUAUACUCAUCUGUUUAUACAUUAUCUGUGACUGCUUUGAAAUGAGUAGUUGCAAUAGAGAAGGUAAAGCCUACAAAGCCUAAUUAUUUACUGUCUGGUUUUUGUCAGAAAAAGUUUGUCAAUCCCUGUUUUAGAAGAUGGAAAAAUGUGAAGGUCUUUAGAGAUUCUCUAGAGUAGUAUAUCUAAUUGAAAUGGGAUCUUUGUUUGGCUUUUGGUAGUGGCUUGUAUGUUGAUGAAAUCAAGUAUAAAAUAUAAAAAAUAAAGACCCUGAAAAUUGUUUUGGA